AUGGUGUUCCACUGCGCCCUCAACGCCAUGUUCGCCUUGGCUUGCCACUUCUCCGACCUUCCUUCUGCGGAGAGGGAGCCCGCGUCGGACAUGUUCUUUCAAAAAUCCAAGACAUUCCUUGGCAUCGCGCUCAUCGAGCAUAACAGUCUUAGCGUCGUGCAGGCGCUGCUCAUCGUAUCGCUCUAUCUCCAGAGCACUGCGUUUCCCAACCGCUGCUGGAACAGCGUUGGCAUCGCCUGCAGGCUUGCCCAAGGUGUAGGGCUGCACAUUGAUGAUGAGGAUGGCAAGGGCGGUUCGCUGGAGGCGGAGGUGAGAAGGAGGACGUGGUAUUGCUGUGUGAUUCUCGACAUGAAUGUUAGCAUGACGUUUGGCAGACCACCCAUGACCUCCACCAUUCCUGACUUCAGGUCUGCAACAUCAUACCUUGGGUGGAACGAGAAUGUCCACUUUGAGCGCUCAACCGAGGAUGAGGAUGUACGUUUCUUCGUGGAAAUGUUUCGCCUUAGCCAGAUUCUGGAAGAGAUUCUACGCACGAUAUAUCAAUAUCAGCCCUGGCGAGACAAGCACCAGCGAGACUCCCACUACGGUAUCGGUAGAUGCGGCGAUGGGCAUCACGGCAGACUUGAUUCGACCAUACAAUUGGAUGCGCACCUCUCUCGCUUUGAACAGUAUCUUCCGCACUUCCUAAGCUGGACAGGGGGGUAUGACAACGCCAGGCCACAGCCAACUGCAAAUCAUGCGCCCUCGCAUUUCCAAAUGCAGAAGAACGUUCUUCAUGGACGAUUCCUGUACGUGCGGUUAAUGCUGUACCGGCCAUUUUUGUCUCAAUUCUGGUCAUCUGUGAAUCAUGCGAUGACCCAUCCGACACAGAACGGUGCAGGCGCUUCAUCGUCGCUCCUGAAUCGCGGUUUUUCAAGCCUCAUCCAGUCCUCAUUUGCGUCAGAGUGCUGCAAACAUUGCGUUGCAUAUUCUAUGCAGCUUGUUUCCUUGACUCAUGAAAGCUUCCUGACGCACCACACCACAUCCUGGUGGUGGAACGCACUCUACUCCUUCACUUGCGGAUUCGUAUUUAUUCUUGCUCUUUCCUGUCCUCCAGUUCGCAGCCUACUCGAUAUCGGUGCUGUGGUGCAGUCGUGGCAAAAAUGCCAGACUAUCUUAGCGAGCAUCUCGACGACGAGCUUUUCUGUCCAGAAGUCGCUACACUUGCUGCGGCGGCUGUACGAAGGCAUGGUGACUUGCAGCAUAGUUAAUGCCUCGGAUAUCGACAAUGUUCCUGCUACCAGUCAGCCGGUAGACGCCGCCAACGAGGCUGGUGAAUUGGGCAUGAAUGGGGACAACUUUACAAGCAUAAACAGUACAUUUGCUGAAACAAUUGAUACGGAUAUGAUUGAGGCGCUUUUCAACUCUCUGGGAUCUGGCGUUGGGUUUGGCGACGAUGCAAUCAGUUGA